AUGCAGCUUCGACUCACCGCUACACGCACUACAAAAACACUCGAAACUACUCGAAACCUUCAGACCAAGCAAGAUGGCCGCUACUACACGCGCGAGAACUGCACCACCACCAAAGCCAACACGUCCAAGCCCCGCACCAGCAAAGUAGCCUCUGGCCGCGUCACCAAGCCCAAAGCUGCCACUACCACGACCACUACUAAGAAGACGACUGCGACCAAGCCCAAGGCCGCUGCUGCACCAAAGAAGACAACCGGCCCCAACGUCAAGACGGUCAAGAAGCCGAGGACCAAGACGGAGAAGGUUGUCGAUAAGGUUGUGGGAAAGGCGGAGAAGAUCAUUGGUGAUGUGGAGGGUAAGCCGGGAAAGAAGGCCGCAGGCACCGCCAAAGCACGAGGCACAGACUCGACGACCAAGCGCGCCGCACCACGGACUCGGGGCGUAAAGGCUUAA